GCUCGGGUGGUCCUCCUCGACCUGCCCACGUCACCGGGGAUCCAGCUGGCCAAGGAGCUGGGGGAGCGCUGUGCCUUCGCCCCCGCCGACGUGACGUCGGCCGAGGAGGUGGGCGCAGCCCUGACCUUGGCCCAGAAGGAGUUUGGGCGUCUGGACCUGGUGGUGAACUGUGCCGGCAUUGGCAUUGCCCUCAAGACCUACAACAGCAAGAAGGACAAAGUGCAUGAGCUGGAGGACUUCCAGAGGGUCAUCAACGUGAACCUGGUGGGGACCUUCAACGUCAUCCGCCUC